CUAAAUAGCCAUAAAUGAAUUGGCAUGACCUAUCGCUGCUCGGACAUAUAAAAGCUUGCUAAAUUGUGAAUUAGCCUUUGAGCGCAGACCCCGUCCUCCGUAGUGACCGCUAGCGGUCCACCUGUUGCGUGCUCGUGCUGUUUUAUUCUCAUGUUGUUGUCUGUUUAAAAGUUGUUAGUUCUGCCCGGUUUGGAUAGAACACAUUAAAACAAGUGUCCGGUAGCCCUGAUUUGCCGGUGGAAUGCACAUGUAAUUCACCAUUACGUCAUGCAUGCAUCCAUACAAACUAGUUAAGACUUACCAAGCUCGCACCUUUAACACAUCCGCCUUGCUCACUACUGCAUAGAGAAGUUUUUUCUGAAAAGUCCUAAAUUAAUUUAUUUUUAAUGUGCUUGCUUUUCUAAAGCUCCUCCGAGUCCUGCCAUCUUCUCCUUUUCAUCUGAAUCCCUCCUUUAACAUAAAUAGUGAAAUCAUUGCCUGCUCUCCCCACUCUUGAAAACCUCUUAAACACUUGAAUGCAGCUGUAACGCUUUCUGAUAUUCUCUCACGCCUCUUCAGUGACCUGGGGUGAUCGCUGCACGUUGCAUGUCUGAUAACCCAACUUUCGCCCACUCGCACGGCCCUCUCAUUUCCGAUUGCAUGGACCCUUUUUAGAAAUCCACGCAUCUUGCCGUUCCUCGCAUGUUGUGCCGUGAACGGGUCGUGAUGAGGGCGGACAGGGAUAACCCUCCAACACUGUCGUCCAAGAAGCCGUGCCGGGUCCAGGCGGACUGCGGACUGAAGCUUGGGAGGCUGCGGACUGACUGGGAAGCAGAGAAGAAGCAGAUCCGGCGGGCCCGUGGACCCCUCUCUGUGGAGCGCCGGUGCCUCCUGCAAGAGGCGGAGCAGGAUCGGCAGCAGGCAGUGAGGGAGCCGGCGGCAAGGAAAAGGGGCCGGAAGGACGGGCCCUCUGACGGAGACCGGCGUUGGAAGGUGGACCCCAAAGACGGCGCUCUGUGCGCCGGAAUUAAGUCGACAGGGAAAGAGUUUUUAGGUUUGUGCAGUGGAGAAACGUACAGGAAGCUUGAUCAUCUGCUGCUGACGCUGUACGAGAAGAUAAAGGGCAAGCAGCCGGUCCAUAAGCUGUGUCACAGGCAGGAAUUUGAGCUGGAAAAAGCCGUCUUCCUCUGCCACCUGCUAGAGGCCCACGGGAGAGUGCUGCAGGGGAGGCACGGGGCAGGACACCCCAGCUACAUUUCUAACGGUCUCUCAAGAAAACCAGCUCAGGAAAACGGCAGUAACUCCUGCCAGACAAAGCCUCUCCUAACCUACUCAGGGGCCUCGCCACACGGGGCCCAGACGGCCCCCCACUCGGCUAAUAGGGGAAUCAAACCAGCUGGGAGAGAGCCGCAUUUAGGGGGGGCUCUCUGUGCCGCAGACCCCCGCACCACCGCUGCAGUCGUGGACACCUGUCGGAGCGGCCUCCAGGGUAUUUGGCACCCUGACGACGCUCCCCAUGCCGGCCGGGACGACCGCCCCCCCUGCUGCGCUGAGUCCUCCAAAUGCACGGACGGAGACAUGGAGAAUGGCACCGACUACGGUUUCCUGGUGCGUCAGAACUCUGAGCUCCUGCGAGGCCUCGACGAGCUGGAGAAAACUUGUGCCACACUGAGGGAGGAGAACGGCCUGCUGCGGAAGAGCAGCGCCCCAGAGACGGAGGAGAAGGUCAGGAGGCUGAGGAGGAAGAACACGGAGCUGUCCGUUCUCGCCAAGAGGCUGGAGGAGAGAGCUCGGAAACUGCAGGAGGCCAACCUCAGAGUGGUGAACUCCCCGUCGCUGCUGAGGCCCGGGUCCGUGGAGCAGUGCAAGAGGGCGUUCGCCCGCCAGCGAGCUCGUGACCUCGCCCAGCACGCCGACCUGCUGCUGUCUAAGGACAAAGAGAUUGCCGCCCUGCAGCAAGAGUGCCGAGAGCUGGAGGCCCGGCAGGGCACCACAAAGGGCUCCCCUGUCCCAUCUGGCAGAGUGGAAUUUGAGAGGCUCCUCAGGGAGUCUCAGAGGGAGGUGCUGCGGCUCCAGAGGCAGCUGUCUGUCACGUCUUCCAAACAGCAGCGCGACCAUAUUCCUGACCACGGCUCAGAGAAGUGUGGGGACAUCGAGGAGCAAGACGAGGAAGACAAGGUUGUAGAAGAGACCCCGCGGGUGGCAUUAAAUGAAGCUCCAUCCAGGUGUGCGAAGACUCCCGAAGAGGCGGAGGAGUCGGGGCUGCGAGUAACGCCCCAAACGGGCCUGAGCCCGCCCCCCUCCCGUCAGGAGGAACACACAGAGGAGCAGCACCUACAGUUACUGGAAAGUGAGCUGAGCAAAAAGAGAAAAGAAUGUGAAAACCUUGAGCAUGAAGUAAAGAAGCGACGGAAGAGAUGUCUGGAUUUGGAGAACCGGCUUGAGGAUGAGCAAGGCAAAAAUGAGCAACUGAAGGAGGAGGCAGAUCUCCUCAGGAGGAAGGCACAGCUGCUCGACCAGACUCGGGCUGAGAAUGAGGAGCUGAGGGAAGAUCUCUCUGAAGUGACCGCUCAACACAAUUCAGUUCUCGAGGAGAACCAGAGACUCCGUGCCAAACUGGAGAACCUAGAGCAGGUCAUAAAGCAUAUGCGAGAGGUCGCCGAGCGAAGGCAGCAGCUGGAAUUGGAACAUGAGCAGGCACUGGCUAUCCUUAAGUUCAAACAGGAUGAAAUCAAACGGUUACACCGGGCUCAGUUAUACGCCAAGAGGGAGCAUGAAGGGGUGGUUCAGGUUCUGGAGGAGUUGACUCAGCUUGUGUUGCAGAGGGAACUGUCGAAGGUACGAGACCUGGAGGACAAAUGUCGCAGCCAGACAGAACAGUUUGGUGCCCUCUCCCAGGAGUUGGAGAAGUUUCGACUGCAGGCCUCCAAGGUGGACCUGGCCGGCGCCAGCCUCCUUAACAAUCCCAGUCUCUCUGUUCUGACCAACGGGGUGGGCCUGACUGCAGAGCGAGACUGCACUGGUGGCUCAUGGGACAUGGUGUCUCUGGGUGAAAUAGCCUUCUGGAGUCUCGAGGGAGGUGACACUCUCUCCUGCCCCGAGGACUUGGCCGCUGCGCUGCGGCUGGGGGCCACCCCCCACGCCGCGGGGCUGUCCAGGGUGGAGCGCUCGCCCGUCACCAAGCACCGCGAGCUGCCCACCAUCAGCGUCAGCAAGUCAGGCUCUUCGUCCAGCAAGUCCGAGACCGCCCACCUCAGCACCAAGUCCGACACGCACCUCAGUCCGCACAAAUCAAGCCCCACACAUGAGGUGGACACUGCCAGUGAAGUGGAGGAGCUGGACAUUGACGUAGCUCCUGUACCUUACACAGCCAGCAGAGGAGCAGCCAAGCUUCAAGUUCUUAUUGCGCGAUACAGCUAUAAUCCAUACGAUGGCCCCAAUGACAACCCCGAGGUGGAGCUUCCACUCACAGCUGGAGAAUACAUCUAUGUGUACGGAGACAUGGACAACGACGGCUUCUAUGAAGGCGAGCUGAUGGAUGGGCGGAGAGGGCUGGUCCCCUCUAACUUUGUGGAGCGUGUGUCGGACGACGAUGUCAUCAGCAGUCACCAUCCAGAGACGGGGGACGUGUCCCACAACUCCCUGCUAGACAGCAGCCUGCACAGUGCCAGCCACCAGCAUCGACUCCACGUGGGCGUCAGCGCCUCGGAAAGGACGGAGGCCGCCGCCUCUGGCCUCGCCUCAGCCCCUUCGGAUCCAGCGUCGGCCUUGGCUGUCUCAGCCCCCUUCACCAACGGCCUGGACUUGGAUUUGGAGGAGGUGGGAGUGGACAUUGUGCCUUACCCACGUAGGCUCACCCUCAUCAAGCAGCUCGCCAAAAGCAUCAUCAUCGGCUGGGACCCCCCGUUGGUGCCGGCCGGGUGGGGCAAUGUGUGGAGCUACAAUGUGUACGUGGACCAGGAGCUGCGGCUCAAUGUGCCCUUCGGUGCCCAGACCAAAGCGGUGCUGGAGCGGUUGGACAUAAACCUCAAGGCCUACCGCGUGUCAGUGCAAAGCCUGACGGAGAAGGGCCCCUCGGACCAGCUGCGCUGCAGCAUGCUGGUCGGUCGGGACGUCUGUGUGGCGCCCACGCAGCUGCGGGCGGAGAGGAUUACCGCCACCUCUGCCAAUCUGACCUGGCUGCCCAGCAACAGUAACUAUGUGCACAUUGUGUCCUUGAACGAGGAGGAGUGUGAGCUGGUGAAGGCUGGCUGCAGCUCGCUGUGCCUCAAUAACCUCCUGCCCAGCCUGCAGUACUCGGUCAAAGUGGAGGCACGGCCGCAUCGCACGCCAUGGGAGUUACCCGCGGAGCGGCGGCAACACCGGAGCGCCUCCAUCACCUUCACCACACUGAUGGCAGGUCCCCCGGAUGCUCCUCUGGAUGUCCAGCUGGAGCACGGCCCCUCCCCGGGCAUUGCCCUCAUCAGCUGGCUGCCAGUCACCAUCGAUGCCGCCGGGACCUCCAACGGAGUCCGUGUCACUGGAUACACUAUAUAUGCUGACAAGAAGAAGGUGCUGGAGGUGUCUUCCCCUACGGCCGGCAGUGCCCUGCUGGGCCCCUCUCAGAUGCAGUCCCUGCUGGCCGCUCACGAGCUCACUCUCCGCACCAUGUCCGCCCACGGGGAGUCCUCCGACUCUCUGCCAGUCCAUGUGCCCUCCAAGCUGGCCUCCAUCAUGGCAGGUCCAGCCGCCACCGCCCCGCAGCCCCACCACCUCAGUCACCUUCCCUCGCCGCCGUCCUACGGGAACUCUGCUGCCAAAGUCUCCAUGCCGCCCAGCGCUCUGCCAUCAGACACAAACAUCCCCGGCCACGCAGUGGGAGCCGUUGCCAACCCUCCUCGAGCUCCCCACCCAGACGACCUUCUCCUAUCAGCUGCGUAUGUGAAUGCCUGGGCCAAUCCCUCCUCUGCUGCGGCCUUGGCUGACCGUGAGGCCACAUUACCGGUAGCCACCAGCAUUCCUCUGGAGGUAAAAGUGACCUCUCCCACCAUCUCACCACCUCAAGUAGCGGCACCAGUAGCAGCAGCAACGGUGUUGGAGCGCCACAGAGACACCAACAGCCCCGGAGUCAUUCGGCCCUUCCCUUCUAUGGUGGAGUUCAUCGAGGAGGCCGAGGCCCAGUUCGCGAACGCUGAGCCCAUCCCUCCCCCACCCAAAGCCCCUCUCACAGACUUCCUUAAUCCUCCGAACAUUAACCUUCACCGCCCUCCGAGCAGCUCCCCGCUGGAGUCCGAAGCAGAGGAGGAGCAAGAGAAUUCCCGCUUGGUUUCCAUGGAUGAUUUCUUGACACAGGACCAGGAGCCAGAUUACUGUCGGACGCAGCAGAGUUACAGCAGAGGGCUCGUGGAGCCUCCCGGUGACUACCACGCAGACAACAGCCGUUCAGACCUGUCGGACAUCCUGGAAGAGGAGGAGGAGGAACUUUACUCCGACCACCUUCGGGAAGCACAGGACCGGGGCUACAUAUUCAGAGCAAACAGGUCCCGCAAAUUGGAGGCGUCAGACAGUGACGAGGAGGUGCUAGAGAGGAUCCUUAAGUUGCCGGCUCAGGUACAACACCAAAAGCAGCUGUUCAGCAUUCCUGAGGCGACUGAAGACAGAGAUUGCAGUCAAGAAGAGCAUUUAACCCGACGGGGUCAGACGUGGCCUAGGCCCGGCCCCAGAGACCCAGAGCGCUUCCCCCAGCAUCACCCCAACGCACACGCACACGUCCCCCCUCACCACCACCACCACCACCACUACAACAGGGAUCCCAGAUCCCUAACCAGAGAGCCUCUUCUCAGGCAGGUCAAGUCUAGGACGCCCCACAGGGUGCACUACACAGACACAGUGGACUCCAUCGGUUACCCGGAAGAUCAAGACCAGACUUUAUACGAGGGUCCCACCAGCAGGCGGGCCCACUGUCCUCCACAGCUGACCCCCACCAGCAAAGAAAGAGGCUUAAAAGGGCUAGGGGACCGCCUUAGGAGGGAGGCCAUGCUAAGGAGUCAGAUGGCUGUCGCCGCGGCUGCUGACCCCGGCCAUGGUCCCAACCCGCCAAGACCCUACCUGGUGAGCAAAACGCUACAGGGCCUAAAGCCGCCUAUCGGCCCUGGGGAAGAGAUUGACGUGGAGUACGGCACCGAUGACAUCUGCGGCCCGGGGCAGGCGGGGACGGAGCCGAUGACACCCGAGUGGCGGGUAGAGGGGGCUCAAGCGGAGCACAGCAGAGCUGCUCACUGCCGGGGGAUGCAGGCUGACCCGCUGGAGCCCAGCCAAAUCCCUCCCGCGGAGGCCGGUCCAUCGCAGGCCAGGCAACUGAAAGGUGAUUCACCAAAGAUCAAAAGAGACGGCAAUGUGCGUAUCUUUGUGGCCCUCUUUCCUUAUGAUCCCGCCAAUAUGUCACCCAAUCCUGAUGCUGCCGAGGAGGAACUUCCCUUCACUGAGGGACAGAUCAUCAAAGUUUACGGAGAUAAAGACGCAGACGGGUUCUACCGAGGAGAGAGCAACAGUCACCUGGGCUACGUGCCCUGUAACAUGGUGUCUGAGAUCCAGGUGGAGGACGAGGAGACCCGGCAGCAGCUGCUGCGGCAGGGCUUCUUGUCCACAGCGGCCUCCAUGGAGAAGAUAGGCAGUCGCACACACGCACAGCUUCCACGUCGCCCUGUUCCACCGGCUAAACCGAGACGAACCAAGAAAGUGGAGUCUGCCGCGCUCUGGGAGGAGAGCGUAGACUCCCCCGGCCAAGAUCACCAGCAGACCGCCCCUGCUGCAGCAGCUGUGGGGAAACCGACCCCCGGCGCUCGCAGGAUGCUCGCCAUCUUUGAUUAUGAUCCACGAGAGAGCUCCCCCAACACUGACAUAGAGGCUGAGCUGACCUUCAGUGCCGGAGACAUCAUCCACGUGUUCGGAGACAUGGACGAGGACGGCUUCUUCUACGGAGACUUGAAUGGACUUAGCGGCUUGGUGCCCUCCAACUUCCUGCAGGCCGUACCAGACGAUGCUCCAGCCACAGCUGCGUCUGCUCAUCUUGCACCAGAACCCAGGAGAGAAUCCCAGGGGACGACUUCUACAGAGCCACAAGAUCCUGAGCCGUCCACCCUGGAAGAAGUUGCUCACCCCCAAACAGUAGAACCAACCGAGCACACAGACCCUCCCCCCAGACUGUCCUCCACUGCAAGCCCCCCGUCGGACCUGGGCUCUGCUCCGGGUCCGGCUCCUGCAGCAUUGGAGGCCAGCUGCCCCCCACCAGCAGACAGCCCGACGCAGGCGGACCGCUCGGCGCCGGCCAAGAAGAAGAAAGGCUUUUUCUCCAAAGGCAAGAAGCUGUUCAGAAAACUGGGAUCCAGCAAGAGGGAUUGAGUCAACAAAGUCAUUAGCAGGAGUGACUAGCGUCACAUUUAAAGCACUUUUUCUAUCUUCACUGUUCGUCUCAGUUAGCAGCUGGUGCGAUUGGGGGCCAUCGGAUCUAAUAACUGAUGCUUCCACCGUCAGUAAUCGUAUAUUUGCCUUAAGGCACUGCUAGAAGCUGGUAAAUAUUCAAGUACAUCAAAAUACUGCUUACAGCAGCACACAAGCAUGUCAAAGUGUGCAAACACAAAUAUAUCUACCUAACUAAGCAUUUGCUAAAUUUGACUGUUUGUAGCUCACUGUCUCUUGAUGUGUCGCUUAUAUGUAGAACAACUAGAACAAUGUUUCACAGCACACAAGACUUCAGCCCAACUCCGACACGGCUAACAAUAUAUUAGCGCUAAUGUUCUCGAGCCAUAUUUAUUUGAAGCAAACAAACAGAAGCAGUCGUCAGUACGAAAAAUGCACUAUCCAGAUUGGAUGUUUUUUAAAUACCCGCUCGUCCCCUCGCAUGCGUUUCUCGUCUUUAAGUAUUUAUACCGUGCUUUGUACAGAACGUGCUAUUUAUUUCUUAUCCGACUCUUGCCCCAACCAUCCCCACAAUGCAUGACGUGACAUCGGGGCAGGAGGUUUAGUCAUUUAGAGCAGCCACAGACGCUUUGAUACAUGUAGUUGAGAUCAAAUUAGUUAUGGGGUUUUGAGGUUAGUAGUGAGUGUUUUACUGAAGGUAAAGAAUGUGGAGGAUCACCCUUCUUUCGUGUGUGUUUGUGUGUGUAUGUCUGUCCACUGAUGAGACUGAACAAGAUGCCUUUCUCAGACGUCAACACGGGAACUCUAAAGAGAGCGAGAGAAAGAAAAUAGUGCUCCAACUAAUGAUUGUGAUUAAGGAAAUCCAAUAAUUGUUUGACUUGUAGAACAUCAACAGUAUCAAGGUCUGGUUUAUUAUUAUUUCUUAACAUCAGAAGGAAAUUCUCAGAUUUGAGAAUCCAAAACCCAUCAAUUAUUUGAUGUAUUUUCUUAAAUCACAAUCUGUUAUCAACGAAUUGCCAAACUCAUUUCUCUCCAAUGACUGAUGCACAGAAUUAAAAUCCCCGCCCCAAUUGUCAAAAGGAAGACUGCUGCAACCGUCUAUAACCCGCCCUGUGUGUAUACCACCCUGUCCCGUUAGUUAGAUUGCAUUAUAGAUAUGUGAAGAUGGACAGAUUCUGAGCCUUAGCACCGUCACAGGACUGUUCAUUUUCAUGGCUUUUGUCUUAUUAUUGUUCCAUUUUAGAGGGAAAAUCGUGCCCUAAUGUUUUGAACUACAUUUCCAGGAUUUUAGGGGCUUGUGGGGAUGUGAACAUGUAUAAUAUUCACAGGGUCCCAGAAUUAGCUGUGGGCCACAAAUUAAUCCCUAUUAUGUAUCCAAUAUUUUUACCAAAUUGCCACCUUAAACAAUGUACCCAAUGAUCGAACAGCACUUCCUGUUUUGCAGCGUCUCCACAAAUGUACACAAAAUGUAAAACUGCAUUACUUCGCUAGUGAAAAUGAGGGCGUCCCGAGGCAAGUUCUAGAGGCAAUUUGUUGAUGAAGUUGACAAACCGUCGGACUAAUUAAUCGAUAGCAGCUCUAGCUAGUUAAUCCUUCAAACAAACAAGUAUUUUUAAGUAUUAUGUCAGACCGGCUCCCCAGCGUCUAAUGGCACACGGCCCCGUAACUCAAAGUUCAUCUGAAUAUGUUCAAUUAUUUAGUUUAAGCUAAAUGAAAUACAACUUUAGCAAUACUGAGAUACCAGAACAAAAAUGGAUGCAUUCCGCUUUACUCUCGUUAAGAGGUAUUGCGAGUGUUCAGUGUUGGCGGACCAGGCCUUCAGCGAUUAACACACCCUGGUUGAGUCUGUUCUUCUGGGCGCUGCUGGGUAACUUCUCAGGUUUUCACUUGUAGUUUCUUAUUGAUGCGGAGCCACGUGUUGACUCUUGACUGUCAAAAACUGAAAUAUGCCAAAAUCGUAGGUGCUUGGCCUGUUAGCACAGUGACGGGGGGCCUAGCAUCCGGCAGCAGUGUGUGUGUGCGUGGGAAGGGGGGGGGUCCUUGUGGGGGCCAAUCUGGGUCUAAGUGCGGAGCUUCGUUUCUUUUAUAGGUCAGAUCUGAUUUCACAACAGUUGUUGACGUAGAAACACCUAAUGACACAAGUUGGAGGCAAAUUAUUUUUUUCUCUUGCGUGUCUAAUGUCCAGAAUGUUUCAAAUGUUUGUCGGCGUUGCAUAAUGGGAGCACGACGACGUCAAGCGCAAAAGGGAGGGUGGAUCAACAAAGACACUUUAGACGUGAGAUCGCCGGGAUAGAGGCAAGACUGAGGCUGUGCUGUAUGUUUUAUUUAUUUAUUUUCCUCUCCUUUUUUCGUUUCUUAUGUAAAGAGGUUUGAAUGCUCAAACGUUGCCCAAAUGUACAGCGACUAUUUGUACCGCUCUUGUAUUUGACGGCCUUCAAUGAACAGGUAUUCCUCUACCUGCUGUGCAGUGAGUAGGCGGUUGUUGACUGAAUAGGACCUAGACACCCACAUUGGUAGUAUUUUAGCUGAUCAUAUUUAGCCUUACAAGAAUACCUUGUUUAGUCUCAAUAUGUUGUUUACAGGAUGUUCAUUGACUGCAUGCAUACCAAUGUCGUACCCAUGUUCGGCCUUAAUAUGUUACUGUCAUAUUUGUGUUUUUCCAGGGCAGACUUGUCUACAAUAUUAUAUUUGUAGAUUUUCAAUGCAGUGGAAAAGAAGCAAUGUGUACAUAAUGAAGUGUUGGGACUUGUCCUAUAUUUUCGUACAUCGCGGGAAACCUUUUUUUUUUUUCUUCUUCUUCUUCCCCGACCUGCAUUCAUUGUUUUAAAGAUUUAUCUUUUUAUAUAUUCAGGUUUUUAUUACCCUUUUUGAAGCGCACGUGUAAAUAUUUUUGUUAAUAUUGUUUUUCAGAUAUUUUCUUUUGUUGUUUUUGCACGUUUAUGGAGUUUAACUGAAGAUGUAGUACGCAGAGGACUUGAAACUGUGACUGUUUGGUUUCAAUAUGGAUCUUUUUACAGGAAUAAAGUAUGUAUAUUUUCACAGAAAACAUAAGUGUGUAUGGUGCUCCUGGAAUACAGAAGUUGGCACAA